AUGACUAACGUACCGCGCCCUACCGAGCCGAUAACGUGCCCUCCAUACAAAGAGCCCGACACCAACGAAGAAACCGUCAUAGUGAUUCCUCCAAUCAGCGAAACGUUCGUCGACCCAUGUCCUCCUACAUGUUCCGCCAAUCCAGUAGUCGUAACAGUGACACAGCAACCCCAACCCGGAUCCGUGAUUGAGACCAUUGCACCCGAAGGCACCAUGACCACCGUCCCAGCAUCCAAAUUCCCCUGCUCCUCCUCCGACCUGAAACCCUGCCGGGGCGACGAAGUCCAGGACUGGAAAGUCUUCCGGGUAACCUGGACGCCCGAGUAUCCCAAACCCGGCCAUCCAAAACCCUACUACACCAGCUCGGAAUUCGAUUUCGACACCAUCCUCACAAUCACGGACAACUACCGCCAAAGCGAGCAUUUUGUCGUCAAGAUGGACGACGAAGUGCUGGGCGAGACGCACGAGAAUGGGUUCGAUGCGGAAAACAUGUGUCAGAAUGAUGGGGAUGUCUGCAUCGCGAAAGGGUUCUCGCAUGGAUCUUUCUUGGUCCCGAAGGGGAAACAUGAGUUCAGUUUUGAUUGGACGGAAGGGCCUCAGGAUUGGCCGAAUCUCAAACCGGCGAGUUCGGGAGGCGGGUUGUGGCGGUUUGAUAAACCGUGCGAAUGUGCCGAUGCUGACGAAGGCGGGGAGCUGAAGACGAAAUGA